AUGCUAUAUUUAGGUUCCAAUCUCUGGAAUGUUUUAUCUUGUUUGUUGAGUCAUUGUGCAAAAAAUCUUCCUUACUUAAAUCCUGGAAUGGCAAGUGAAGUUGGAAAUUAUACAAUCCAACAGGAGGUAAAAUCGAGACUAAAUCAUCAAUCAAAUGUAAUGGAAGUUCAUAUAUAUAUCCGGAAGAAUAGAAACAACAGUAUCAUCUCCAAGGACGAGUUUCCGUUUGAGUUGAUCGAUGCAGAGUGUGGUGAGGGACGGGGAACAGAGGCUAAGGUGGAUGUGAGUGCUUUUUAG